GGUUCUGGUGCCCCACUCCAACCCGUUGCACGGUGCAUGCAGCCCUCCUGGCCUCGUGCAGGGCUCGCGGAGCCUGGAGGAUGGUGGUCACAGCCGGCAGGUAGGAUUAAGCCUGGGAUUGGCGUUCUCCCCCUCCCCAUGCAGAAGCAGCAGGUGGGAUGAGGGAUGCAGGGGAUGCAGCACGGGGCGAGGCUGUGCUGGAGGUGGGUGACCCGAUUCCCCUGUCUUUCCCUGCAUCCCUUACAUCCCCUUCUGCCAGCAGCUCCGUGUCUCAGCACUGUUCUUCCCCAAGGCCAAGGGGAGGGCUGAUUCAUCCCCACUGUGCCACACAAACGUACGAUCACAAUAUUGCAGAGAGCUGUGAUGCUGGAAGGAAUGAGAGACUCUGCCUGCAAAUGAUACAUGCCGGGCAGUGGAAGGGCUGGGAUGGGGCUUUGGUCUUUGUGCAUGAACCCACAAGGGUCAGUGUCCUGCAGCAUCCCUUGGGUCGCUCCCCUGGGAGCAGAUCCUGGAGCUGAGUCGCGUGGGUGCAGGCACAGCUCCCCAGGAGCAGGCAGAGGAGGCAGCGAGGCACGAUGGCACAGCGGGUGCUGGCACUGGUACUCUGCCUUUCCCUGGCUGCAACAGCCUCUGCUGACUGCGUAACCCAGUGCUCCCUCUGUGCCAACCAGGCACAUGGCACCGAGAGCAGCAUCCAGCCCCUGAUGUGCCUGUGGCAGUGCCAGGGCUCCUCUCCGCCUGGCGCCGAGUGGGAGAGCUGCAGGAAGGCGCUGGCACUCCUGGCCCCAUUGGUGGCCCUGGCCGAGGGGACAGAAGGGACAGAAGCAUCCCCAGCAGAGGCGGAUGAUGAGGCAGAGCCAGAGCAGGAUCCCAGCCCUGAGGAGCUGCCGCUGGCACCAGCCAAACGCUACGGAGGCUUCAUGAAGAAGCUGGCCAAGGGGAGGCUGCUGUCCCUGCUGCGCGACAACGCCCACAACAAGGGCAGCCUCAGCAAGAAGUCGGGGGGCUUCAGCCACAAUCCAGGGGAGCGGGUGGCUCCUGAGAACUACCCGGGGCCGGGGGGGGGUGAGGAGCCCGAGGGCGCGGGGGCUGAGGGGCAGGAGCUGGCGGAGCUGCACAAGCGCUACGGGGGCUUCAUGCGCCGCAUCCGGCCCAAGCUCAAGUGGGACAAUCAGAAGCGGUACGGGGGUUUCCUGCGGCGGCAGUUCAAGGUGACCACGCGCUCAGAUGAGGACCCCAAUGCCUACUCAGGGGAGGUCUUAGACCUAUAGAGCCUGGCAUGGGACAGGACCCUGUGCCACCAGCCCGACCCGCGUCAUCACCCCAUCCCUUUGUCUCCUGCUCCGAGCGGUUGCCACCAUCCUCGCCUCAUCCUCCUCAAAGGGCCAUGGGCUCUGCCAUCCCCAGCCCUGCAAAUGCUCCAGUUCUGCCCCCUGUUAUCUCUCUCUGGUUCACCUGCACAGCCUUUAGGGACCCUGUGCGUCCAGGGGAUGGUAUCACACCCCAGCUGCUGGCAGCACAUCCACUGGGGAUGCAUCCCCAGCCCUGCCACAGCUGCAGAUGCACGGCAGGGGCUGGAAAACAUGACAUAUGAUGGAUGAGGCAACAGCUUCCAAGCCCCAGGAAGGAUGAGCCUGAGCAGAGCUGAGAUGCAGUCAGUGGACUGUACAGUGGCCAUAGGGAGGGGUGGCAGGGCAGCAGGGGGCUGAGCAUCCCCAUCCCUUCCCCAGUCCACCCAUUGCAUUCUGCUCAUCCUAGUGCCCACCUGGUCCUGCUGCCUUCCCUGAUACAAGAAUGCUCUCUGGUUCACCCCAUCUGGGCCCCCUGCUCCCUUCACAGCCAAUAAAAGGCAGAUGCCAACAAAGCCAUGGUGGGUGCUGAGCAUCAUCUUCCUCUGGGUGGAUCCAGCCUCAGCACGAGGGGAUCACAUAUCCCAAACCGGGGCCUUGGGA